UAUAAUUAUAUUUUUUAAUAUUUAUACUUAUUUCAAUGAUCGAUUAUUUCACCCAUAAAACUAAGAUUAUGUCAUGAAGCAAGAUUUCUCUAUUGUGUUGUGAGCAACCAUUGAUUGGAUAGCUUGCGACACAGAGUAUGAUGAAAAAAAAAAUGAAUGUAAUCUUCAACACGCCACACACAGGAAACGGAAAUACGCAAUGUAUAAUUUCAUACACGCGUUGGGAACUUUUUGUUACAUUUAUAUUCAACCGUUUUUUUUUUGUUUUUGUUUUUUUUAAACGAUUUUUAAUAGUUUUUCUUUUAAAUAUUUUAUCGUACCUUUCAAAUAACUUAGAUAUUUUUUUGUUCUUGUUAAAAAAAAAAAAAGCCCGGGCACAACUUAACCCCACAGUUAACUUUUUUUUUACAUUUAUAUUCAUCCUUUUUUUUUUUGUUUUUGUUUUUUUUAAACGAUUUUUAAUAGUUUUUCUUUUAAAUAUUUUAUCGUACCUUUCAAAUAACUUAGAUAUUUUUUUGUUCUUGUUAAAAAAAAAAAAGACAGGGCACAACUUAACCCCAGAGUUAACGCUUAGCCGGUUACAUAUCAUGAGUGCACGGUGGCUUGGCCAGUGGCCCUCACAGUGCUGGCCCGCGCACCGGGCAGUAAUUGCAAUCCGUCAAAACGGCACCCGAUCGCUCUGUAGUUAUCCAGAUUCCACCCGGUCCGGCAUGCGUGCCUCAGUUUCUGUACACGAUGCCGACUAUUCAGAGUCAUUCAGACGUUAAUAUGCCGGUGUUACAGUACGUUAAACACCACUCAAUCUAACCCCUGCAUGAAAAGGCGUUCACGAUUGGUUUUAAAUAAUUUAAAUAUUGCCACCUGGCUUUUAAAAAAAAAAAAAAGUGCCAAAAGUGGCCACGCUCAUUUGUUUGGUGUCAUGUUACCCACCGGGCACAUUCCUCUUUGAACUCUUGAUCCGAUUCUCCAACUGGUCGUCCUGCCUCACCCCUUGAGGGUGCCAUGUUACCCCACCGUACACAUUCCUUAUUCAACUCACAUUCCGAGUCUCCAACUGUCUCACCCUUUGAGGGUGCCAUGUUACCCCACCGUACACAUUCCUUAUUCAACUCACAUUCCGAGUCUCCAACUGUCUCACCCUCUUGAGGGUGCCACUUUACCCCACCGUACACAUUCUUUAUUCAACCCACAUUCCGAGUCUCCAACUGUCUCACCCCUUGAUAUUGACGUGUCGCGUGCUCUAAACUAGGACACGGGUACCGUAAUAUCUAUAUUUACACACAUAGAUUUUCUCACUGUUCCGUUUCAGUUGUUAUUAUUAGUGUUUGCUUUUAUUUAAAUAAUGAUCGGUAAAUUCAAUCUUAAAAUCUUAUUGUAUUGUUGUUGUUGUUGUUAUUUAAAUUACUGUAUAAUGAACUGCAUGUGAUGAAAAUUAUGUUUACUGUGCGUAAUAAAAUUUUAAAAAUGCCUCUGCGCGUCCUAGUCCAAUCAAAUGCCUCUUCAUCAUUUGUCCCAGAUGCCUUUAACAUAGAGAUUGACCAAUCAGAGGACACUAUACAAGAUGGUCCAAUCAGAUGGCUCUUUAUUACAGAUGGUCCAAUCAGAAUUUCCCUUUUCGUGAUGGUCUAAUCAUAUGCAAUAUAUAUAUACAUUUUUUUUAAAAACAGAUGUUGAAACUUCUCAGGUUGAUCUAUUUUGUGUCGUGUCGAUGGAUAUGGAUGUGUCAUUCAAAACCAUUAUAUAGAUACGAAUGUGUCAUUCAAAACCAUUAUAUUGCAUUAUAAAUAUCGGUAAUGUAAAGAUAUGUUUUUUUUUAUAUUUGUCGGACCACAAAAAGGAGAUAUUGUUAUUAAAACUACUCAACGCCUUCACCAUGUCACGUGACGAGUGAAACUAUUGAGAUCAGAAAUCUUGAACUUUGAUCACUUUUUAAGACGAUUUCAUUCGUUUUGAAAAGGAGGGGCAAAAAACAACGUUUAACAGACGUUACACAUUCAGUUUCAGGUUCCGGUAGAGCUUCAGAUAAUAUAUUUUAAACUAAUUUUUAAAAUUAAAAAAACUCACAUUUUGUUAUUGUAGUGUAAGUUUUAUCGUUAUCUGCC